AGAGAGGCCAUUGUUAACCCAAGUCCGCCCUUCCAAGAGCUCUGUAGACCUGUCUGGUAUAAAUACCUCGGUUGAUGAAACCCCCUGGACGCGGACGCGGCUCCUGCCCAGUUAGUUUAAUGGCUCAUGACCAUGAAAGUCUACGCGUCAAGUGUCAGUGGUGGUCCCACACUCAAAGGGCCCUCAGUGGUGACUCAAGGCUUCCGAUCCAAGCCCAGUCACCUACGACGCCCUCGCCGAUGGCCCUUUGGGCCCAUUGAGACCGCGUACGAGAAACUCCCGUGGACCACACGACAGACCAUCCGGUCGAGCAUCAGUCUCUGCGCUGUACUCUACAUUUUCUUUACAGUUCCCUUUCGUAUCGCCUUCUACUACGACCCAUUCAACUACGGAACGACCAACACUCUCGGCUGGACAGAAGAACUCAGUCUUUUUGUCGCAAUGGAUGCGGUCGCAGAUCUUAUGGGAAUUUUGGAGUUUUUACGCUUUUAUCAACGUCAGAAAAAAGUUUUCGGACCGAGAUUCGCCAGUUUCAACGUGAGUAAAACCCACAAUUUGCAACAAUCCACAAGGCUGCUUAUGCGCUCAUCGUCAUUCAAAAUCCAGCAUCGUGGGAAGACUAAGUGGACGUUGGCCUCUAUUGGACGGCAUGGCAACACUAUGGACGAUACAAUUUCUAACCGAAAUUUUGUGAGAACUCAAAAACUACAAUUGAUACUAGAGGUGGUGGCAUUACUACCAGUGGAAAUAAUAACUUACGCCACGGGAGCAUACAAUUCGCUGCAUUUGGUGCGGAUUACCAAGUUAUGUCGGCUCUAUAAACUACGCCACUGCUUAGAGCGUUUUACUAAUAUUUACUCGGAUCGGACAUGGGUACAGCAUUUAUCAUCUAUUGGUAUCGCCAGUCUUGUGAAAAAUAUUGGUCUGUGUGCCGGUCUGUGUCAUUACGUGGCUUGUGGAUACAUGCUGAUCGCCCAUGCGCAGUGUGGGGUUUCUCUUGAGGCUUGUGACGACCACGUAGAGACGAGCUGGGCGGUUCGCGAUGGACUUUUUGGCGCGUCAGUUGCACGUAAAUAUGCUCGUACACUUUACUGGGCAUCAAGAACUAUGGUUUUACUGGGAUACGAUGACGUGACGCCAGUAUCCGAUGUCGAGACCAUUUACGCUUUGGUUGUGAUUCUAAUGGGGGCGCUAUUCGGAUCAUCUUUACUAGCAACAUUUCUCUUCAUCUUCAGGUUUAGAAAUGCGCGGUAUGCUGCCUUCUCGACACACGUGGACAACGCUCGAGAGUAUAUGCGCUCUCAGAACAUCCCCCGUGUUGUGCGACGACAAGUGAUCGCUUACUUCAGCUACGCGUGGAACACCCACCAUAGUCUCGACAGCGAAGAAGCUCUGCAUUUAAUGCCCAAGCAUCUGCAAUCCAAGGUUAUCUCCACUCUAAAAGCGAGUCGGAUCAAGCAGGUAUGCUUUCUGGCAAAAGAAAACGUCGAGUUUCUCAACCUCCUUGCGGCCGCUCUCGUUCGAUGUGUAUAUUCGCCAGCUGAUCAGAUCAUCGAGCCCAAAUUUAACGCUCAAAUGUUCUUCGUCAUCCGCGGCACAGUGAUGCUUUCGUCCUUCGACGGAUCAAAUUCAAAAGAAUGCCAAACGGGAGAUUUCUUCGCUGACUCGUGCCUUCUCUUCCCAGAGACAUUCGAGGAAAAAGCCGUUGCUAAAACCUUUUGUGAACUUUAUGUGCUGGCGAAGAGCAAGUUUGACGACGCUAUGAGCGAAUUUCACAGGGAUAACGAAGGCGACGUAAGAGCUGGGAUGGCAGAAACACUUGAAAAAUACACGACGCAACUUCGGAAAACCAAGAAGCUGCUAGGAGCACAUAACAGAGCUGGAAGCACUCGACGCGCUGGGGAUCUGAACAACAGUACGACUGAAAGUUCACAUAACAGGAGUCGAAACGUGGACUGGAAGUUGCCGGGCUCUGCGUUUCGUAUUCACUGGGAUGCCGUGCGCUUACUAUCGAUCAUUUUCAUUGCGUUCGAGGUCCCGUACUUCUCUGUAUUCAUCUCAAUAACCAACGAGCAGCAUUUGUUUGUGGAGCAACCAGAGUUUGGCUUAAGGUAUUCCCUCGCAUUCUUAAUUGAAGUGCUUUUCGGUGCGGAUCUCGUAUUACGCUCGCGCUAUUUCGCACAUUUGGAUCCUAUCGUGAUGCUCCCUAUUGAAGAUCCCCAGCUGAUAUUCGCAGCGUACAAAGCCAAUGGAUUCUAUGCCGACUUGAUUGCGUGGCUACCAGUGGGGGUUAUCUUAGAGUCAUUAGCGACGGCGUCAGACCAGAAAUACUCUUGGAUGUUUCGUUUACUUCGCCUCUUACGACUUCGUAAGGUUCCGGAAUUAUUAUGGAGUAUUUGCGACUAUUGCAGCGUGAGUUCUAAAGCCCAUCUUGUGAUUUCUUUACUAUUAGGCGUUACCUUUAUGCUUCACGUUGUUGGAUGUGUAUGGUUCGAAAUGGCCUGGAUCUCGGAAAUAGGAAAUACUGAGCACGCGGAAAAAAGCAUAUUAAUGGAACUAUCACGACCAGAGUGUUUAAAACACUCUACGUUGUUUGAUAACUGCUCGUGGGUGACAUUCGACUGCUAUGCUCAUAUCGGCGACAGUUUUCCGGCAGAGAAUCCGGACUCCAUGUAUCAGGCCUCCUUCGCGUAUAUGCGUUCAGUGUACUGGGCCAUUGUAACUCUUACGGCCGUCGGCUAUGGAGAUAUAGUGGCAUAUUCAACUGGAGAGAGUUUUUUCGCUGCAUUUUGGAUAUUUGUCGGUGGAAUCAUAAAUUUUGGAGUAGUAGGAGCCAUGUCGAGUACUAUUUCGAAUGCUAUGGCGCCGCAUCAUCAUCAUAUGGAGAAGCUUAAUUCAUUGAAUAGCGUUUUGGAGCGCAUGGAUAUAUCGGAGAAACUGAGCACCGAGAUUCGUCGCUUUUACCACCAUGCCUUUACUGGACGCAAACAAGCGUACGAGUCUCAAUUACUCUCGCAUUUACCCGAUCAACUCUGUUAUGAGAUUUCGUCUUUGCUGCAUUCCGAGUCCGUGAAAAGCGUGACGCUCUUUGACUCGGCCAGCAUUGAGUUUCUAAAAGAAGUGACGGGUAAAUUUCGUCACCGCAUCUACCAGAACGGCGAUUCGAUUUGUCUUGAGGGAGAUAUUUGUCGAGAAUUCUUCGUCUUCUUACAUGGCAGUAAAGUCAACGUGUUCUUUAGAUCUAGGAAAGUGCCAAUUCGCGCUCUUCAUGAAGGUGACAGUUACGGAGUUAUGGCUUUCUUACUGAGGCGUGCCCACCCCGCUACUCUCACGGCAGCCUCGUUAGUUCACGCUUCAGUCAUGACUCGAGAUCAGUUCGACGUUAUUCAACGUAAAUUCGACGACGACUUGAAAGAUAUGAAGGAAGAGGCCCAAACACUUUGGGACGAACAGCAGAAAAACAUGCGCCGUAUUGUACGCAAUCUCGAGAGACUCAAGCUCCAGCCUCACAUGAUGUCGACAUCAACUCUGUUUUAUCAGGGCGAUACGACGGUGACACCCACAGUUGGUGGAAGAAAAGAAAGCAAAGUGGUUCGUGACGUGAACGCCACGCGUGAAGUCCUCUCAAGCGUCUGGAAAGCAAUCGUAAUGUGUGGCAACGUGUACAACACUAUCUUCGUCAUCGUCCGCAUUUGUUUCCACUCUCAUCUUCACUUUUCCAGUGGAACUAAUACUUCUAUUUGGGCUGCAGAUAUUUGCUGCGAUAUCUUCUUUGCACUUGAUAUUUACCUUCGACUGUAUUACUUCGGCUGUCCUGAUGUCGGGUUGGAAAACCUGAUCGAGCGGAAAGAGGUCGAUAAACAGUAUCGUCGGAGUUCGACGUUGAAGUGGGAUAUUCUGGCGUCGUUGCCACUCUACACUCCAUUUGCCAGCGGAUCAUUGACUGCCAGUCUGUGUCGAUUACCUCGCCUUAUUAGAUGUAUCGAUAUAUGGACGUACCUUGACGAUGGCAUUAUUCUCAUCCAGCAGCAUUUCGCGUCUCACAAUGUAUCAGCGUAUCUGAGUCCAGUGAAGCUCAUGAUCAUCUUGGUGCUCGUGGCUCACUAUGUGGGUUGUAUUUUCUUUUGGAUCUCAGAACACGAAUGCGCACACGUUCAAAAGUGCUGGGUAGACAAUGAUCAUCUGCUUCACCAGUAUCACCACUCGCUGAUUAUGCUGUACGCAAAGUCUUUUUACUGGGCUAUCACGACAUUACUGCUAGUAGGGUCUCGUGAGAGUGUUCCUCGUGAUACGGCUGGUACGUUGUGGACAGGCUUCACUUGUUUGUGUUGCACAUUCAUUAUCGGUCACAUUGUGGGAGAAAUAUCAGAACUUAUCCUUGAACUGGGGAAAGAAGUUAAACACUAUAAGAGUCGAAUUGCGAGUUUCGACGGCUUUGCAAAGGAGAACGAAUUACCUGUAAGUUUACGAAAACGUGUUGGAUUUUUCUUUAAGGAACAAUUCGAGCAUACAAAAGGAACGGAUUUGCAUAAUACAAUCCAUGACUUGUCAGCUAAUUUACGACUCAAACUCAUGCUCGAAGUUUAUGGUCAUUCCAUCUCGUUGCUGCCAAUCAGUCGCUUCCUCACGUCGUCACAAGUUAACAAUCUCGCACUGCGACUGAAGUCGGAGAUUUUCAUUCCAGGCGAUAAUAUUCUAGUCGAGGGUACGUUUGGAAGUCGGCUGUGUACUCUUCGAAGAGGGAUCGCUGCCGUCUUCUGGACCAGCUCUGUUACAAGCGUGGCUAUCCUAAUGGAAGGCGCAUUGUUUGGUGAAGUUGCGUUCUUUUUAUCUGGCCAGCGAAGACUCGCAACGGUGCGUGCAGCAACAGCUUGUGAAGUGCUGUUUGUCACGAAACACGACUGGCAAGAAUUGUGGACAUCCACGGGCGAUAUGUCGGAUAUUCAGGUCCAGAAGCACGCGCAACACGCCAUUUUCAAUUGGGUUCACACUCGUCUGCUGCGGUAUCAACGGGCUAGUCUGCGUGCAGCCAGUAAGGCCAAACGUCUGCUAUCUUCUCGACACACGUUGCAUACGACAAUGGCCGCUGCAUCCGGAACUUCUAAAGCGAGAACGAGACUAUCUGCGGUGUUAUUAAAUCACAGAGAGAGCAGCGGCGUAGGCACCUCAACGUUGGGAAAUCUCAGUCCUUCACCAAGAUAUGGAUCAUCAAAGACUGGGGACUCCAGAAGGAUCUCUAUCGCCUCUGAGAUGCAGAUUUUGGAGAGGAAAACCAAAUAUUUAUUGGCGAAGACUGACAAAUGUGCUAAGAAGUACCAUCCAGCCAUUGAAGCACUGCAUACACAUCGACGUUCCUCUUCAAUUAUAUCGGGAAAAAGUCUUCGCAGUAGCGUCUCACACAGCAGGAGUAGGGGGAACUCCAGUGGGGUGUCAGGAGUGUAUCGAAGCAUGAUAGGCGACUCCGUUACGCCUAUUGCUCGCAACAACACUGCUACCACAUUGGACAUUCGCUUAGUGCAGUUUAUUAUCGACAUGAACCCGAUCAACAAGUAUGUGCGUGAUGGUCUAUCGGACGAGCAUGUACGAAGCAUCGAGAAAGAGUGCUGGACACGUUUUAAACUCCUCUCAGUAGCUCAAUACGGAAUCACUCGCCUGUUAGAGGAGCUCGCCCCUAGCGAUACGCUCUUCAGUCAAUCACCCGGUGCCUCUGGCUCCAUGGACCAACGAUCUCCAGUCAAGAUUCAGCCAGCUAGAAACGGCACACUGCAUCGUACACGUUCACUUCGAAGUGGUGAAAAUACAAGCCGAAAGCGCAGUAUAGACGAGUUGGUGAUGGCAGCUUCGAACCGAAGAGGAAGUGGCCCAGAAGCAUCCAAGAAGUGGAAAGCGCUCGCAAUAGCAGCGGCGCCAAGACUCAGUGCUCUAUUUUCCAAGCGAAAUGUCGGUGGACUACGUGAUCGUAGGUUAUCGAUUGAAGCGCAGGAAUUUCACUUGACAAGAACUGAACAAUCAGCCAGACUUUCGCGUAUGUCGCGCUGUCACUCCUUGCCGCAGUUCGGACGCGAGUUUUUCGAUGAAAUUCGUCGAGGUGAUAGUACGCACUUGUCUGUCAACAGCACGCAGCCAGGUAUUGACUUUGAGACGCUCCAGCGCUGUCAGCGUCCUCAGCAUUCAAUGCAGCUUCGACUAUUCCACCGAUAUCGGGCGUGGAAGGACGGCAACCAAGCCACUGUUCUACCCGAACAUCACAACUCAAUUCGUCGCAAUCUGAAUGAUACUAUACCUCGAACUUCUUCGUUGAUCGACAGAUCAGCAGCGAUAGGAUCUCGGCUCCAUAUUGCUAGCCAACAAGCUCUGCAUAUGGCCAAGACGGAACUCAAAGCGACGAAAUUCAUCAAAGAUGUCCAAUUAAUGGGGAAAUUCUGGGACCUAGCCAUGCUUUUGGUAGCGAUUUACCACUCGCUUAUCACGCCUUUUAAAGUGUGCUUUUCACCCGAACUUAGUGAAUUAUCCGACGCUGCGCUGCGUGGAUGGUCCGGAUUCGAGAUUUUCAUGGAUUUACUGUGUUUAUUCGACGUGUGUUACAAACUCUGGCACAGCUCUACAGCACAAGAAAAUGGUGUUUCAUCACUAUCAAGCUCGCGACAGCCUGGAAUUCGACGAGCACUGGCGUCAAACCCAGCGUUACGAACCGAUAUUGUUGCAAUGCUUCCACUUGAAUUGUUAUUAUUCAACAGUAAUGUACGAAUAUCCCUGCCGUCUAUCGAAGGUCAUGGUUCUUGGUGGACAUCUCGAUGGAUCUUACGCAUGAAUCGGAUGCUUCUUGUUAGUCAUAUCGAACCUCUAACGGAGCAGCUAUUCCAGUUUCUAAUUUAUGAUCGAAAAGUACAAGUUAACGAGGCAGUCCUUUACUUUAUGCGAGGACUGUCGUCCUAUCUGACUAUGGGGCAUCUCUUAGCUUGUAUGUGGUAUAUCACGAGUUACGUGGGUCUACAACAUUAUGGGACAUCAUGGCUCGCAACAUCGGGUAUGUUAACGUCUAUCCAAGAUGUUAAACACUCCCCCCAGCGAAGGCUUAGUGAACACGUGAGUUCUUUUUCGUUAGAGACCGUAUCUCUUUCUCGCAAAUACUUACGCUCAUUGCUCUUCUCUUUGGAGUGUAUUUCUACUCUAUUUUACGGUGACAUUCUCUCGAUGAACCCUAUGGAAUUGGUAGCGGAGAUCGUCAUCACACUUUGGGCCAUAUACAUCUAUGGAGCACUUGUCGGAGCACAAGGAGAGCUCUUGGAUGCACGCGCUAAACGUGAAGCUGCAUUUGAACAAACGUUAGGCGAGCUGCAUCACUAUUUGGUCCAGAAUGAAGUACCCAAGGACAUAAAGAGACAGGUUAAGGUGUAUUAUGCGCGUCUGUGGGCUCGUCGUAAAGGGGAGGCUGAAUAUGCUGCGGUGGCGCACGUCUCGAGGUCUUUGUAUGAGGAUGUAGUGUUGGCUACGUUACGAGGUUUUGCAGUACAGGUUGCAGCAUUCCGAUCACUAGACGACCCAUUUUUACGUGCUUUACUCGCUUGUCUACACUACGUCGUGUGCUCUGAAAAAGAGGAAGUUUUUGUCAUCGGAGAUAUGGAUCGAAGCAUGUAUUUCAUUGCCCAAGGACGUGUCGCGGUCAAAAUGGGCAACAGCGAGUCGAUCCGAGAACGCGGUGAGUUUUUCGGGGAGCUGGCGUUACUUUACGGUAUUUCUCGAUUAGAAACAUGUAGUGCUGUAACCGUAACGGAGCUUUAUCGGCUAGAUCAUGAACCGUAUGAACGUUUACUGCUGGAAUUCCCUGAAUACCGAGCUCGAAACAAGCUAUCAUGGACCGCUAUGUCUACUAGUUCAACCCGGGAGCGUUCGAUCGUCGAAGAAGCUGUGCGUUGUUUUAAUAAACCUGGGAAGACUAGAAAUCCUGGAUUAGAAGGACCAUCGAGUCAAAUACCGACACUUCUCAACAUGGAAAGUAUCGCGAUUAACGCUGAGCGUAUCGAUGCACAGUUGCCGCAUUCAUAUAUCUAUCGCUCUGCCAUGGAAUUAUUGUCUAGACUGAACAAAGUGCAUCCGUUGGAGGCAAAGGAUUUGUAUGUAAGGAGUCGGUACGGUGCUCGUAGGCAACUCAAGACAGUCCUGGGUAUUGCCACUGCAAGACCGGAAGCUGAGGAUGCCGUGCGUAGUUUCCACAGCUCACCUGGAACACCACGGGAGACUAGUAUUCACGAACAUCAUAGUGACAGCUUAGAGCACUUGGAAGCGGUUGUAGCUGAAUUAUCAAGACCAACAGACCACCAAAGAACGGAAACUAUCAAGAAGGCUUUCGAGAAAGCUUAAAAAUAAUAGAAUUUCUUUAACUAUAACGUGAAGAACUGACAGAUUAUGCUGG